AUGGACACUGUCAAGGAUUGCGUUGAUUACCUGAAGGACCCGGAACUAGUCGCCCGUUUUCAAAGGUCUUUUGGAGUGAUGCGGUACGAUCCGUCGGAUAAUGGUGUUACCAUUCCGUCGCUGGAAAAUGACGAGACCAAGACCAACAACAGUAAUACGGCGCGGAAGUUAAACGAAAUCGAUCAUGUUACCAAUAAGUUUUGGUAUUACUUGUUUUUGUUCGGCACAUACCUGGGUGACGAAAUCGGAUAUGCUAUCAUCAUACCAUUUUUGGUAUGGAACAUUGACUCGGCAGUAGCUAGGAAAAUGGUGCUCAUCUGGGCGGUCGUUAUGUACAUUGGCCAAUCCAUUAAAGACAUAGUACAGUGGCCGAGACCUCAAUGUCCCCCAGUCAUUAGACUGCAAACAAAAUGGUCUAUUGAAUAUGGAAUGCCUUCAACUCAUGCUAUGAUUAGUAUUGCAAUACCUUUCUCUGUUUUCUAUUACAUUUCAAAUCGAUAUCAAAUUGACCACAACAUUGGUAUCACAAUAGUAUUGCUAUGGUGCAUGUUAAUUUCGCUUAGUCGUUUAUACUUGGGUAUGCACACAGUUUUGGAUGUGAUUGCUGGCCUGCUAUUAGCUAUUGUUUUGUUGAUUCCAUUUUUACCAUUGGCUGAUGUAUUAGAUCGUUAUCUUAUGUAUAGUAAUUGGACACCAUUGAUAUUUAUUGUUGUUACUGUGAGCUUAAUACUCAUUUAUCCAACUAGUGAUCAGUGGACUCCUACCAAGGGUGAUACAACUCUAAUUUUAGGAACUUGUGCAGGUUUAUUGACUGGAGGUUGGCUGAUUGUCAAAUUAGGUAUACAGGAUGAUAUUCGUGUUAUGAACCCAAUAAAUAAUUCUAUAAGUUGGCCUUCAAUUAAUGAUUUAGGUGUGAUUGUGAUCAGAAGUGGUUUGGGUUAUGGUUGCAUAAUUUUGUUAUUUUUAAUUAUUAAGUACUUUCUUUGUGUUAUUGAUAAAAUUUUAAUAAAAAGUGGUAUGAAAAUAUUUGACGAUGUACUGAAGAGGCAUAUUCCUUUGAUAGAUAUUACUUACAAAUAUUUGACAUUUUACUUUGUCUCAUUCAAUAUUUUAGUUUUAAUACCAUUUUUGCAAAAAUUGUUAUUUGUAUCAAGAGAGUCAUUUUACCAUGAAGCUAAGUAGUUAAUUGAAAUUGUUAAUUUAAUUUAAUAUUAUGGCCUGUUACCACCUUAUUUAUGUAAAAUAUACGUACAUUUAAGUUUUAAUAUAUGUCUUUUAAUGAUACUUAAGUUCUUAAGUUCACUAAUUGUGUUUUAUAUUUUAUUUAACU